AUGACGAAGUUCUUCUCUGCUGCAACGCUGGGUCUCACCUUCUUCGGUGCAGCUACCGGCGCAUUCGUCAACCCCGGAGCUUGUACAGGCGUCUGCGUCAACACACACGACCCGAGCAUCAUCCGUCGCGCUGACGGCACCUACUUCCGCUUCUCGACAGGCGGAGGCAUCGCAGUUCACUCGGCGCCGAACAUCACUGGCCCAUGGGAGUACAAGGGCGCCGUUCUACCUGACGGGACGAGCAUCAAGCUUUGGGACGGCAAAAUGGAUGCGUGGGCCCCGGACGUGCACCUCGUGGGGGACACGUACUACCUGUACUACUCCGCUGUUCGCGCCGUGGCGUUCGACGGGCACAAUCUGGCUGCGGUUGGUGUCGCCAAUUCCUCGACGAUGGACAUUGGCACGUGGAAGGACCUGGGCUCGACUGGUGUGCAGAGCAACGAUUCGAGCGAGUACAAUGCCAUCGACCCCAAUCUGUUCAUCGAAGACGGCCGGAACUACAUGAUCUUCGGAAGCUACGUCGACGGUAUUUUCCAGGUGGCAAUGGAAAACCCGCCGACGACUGCGAUCCUCAAUACGUACGCCAAGCUCGCGUACGAACCUGCUGGCAUCCACGCGGACGAAGGCGCCAACAUGUUCAAGUACGGCGACUACAACUACCUCUUCUACUCCAACGGCGUUUGCUGCAGUUAUGACAAGACGAAGCCUGCAGCCGGAGAGGAAUACAAGAUCAAGGUGUGUCGCUCCAAGCCCGGCAUCAUGGACUUCCGUGAUGCGGACGGCAAGCUGUGCACUGAAGGAGGCGGAGUUGUCGUAAUGGGAUCGCAUGACGAUGUGUAUGGCCCGGGUGGCCAAGGUGUAUACGAUGACCCGACCCACGGUCCGGUCCUGUACUACCACUACGUCAACACCACUAUCGGCUACGCUGACGGCCAGAAGCAGUUCGGGUGGAACAAGCUCGACUUCUCGAGCGGUUGGCCGGUGGCGACUGCUUAA